GGUGUUAUUUAUAGUCCGCCAGUGGCCGACAGGAAGAGGCGGACAAAGAGAAGCAGGAAAGGCUGAAGUGUUGCUGGCGCUGUUUGCCGGACUCCUCCAGCAGAGCGAGUGGAUGAUUAUGGUGGACGCCACGGCGGGACACAAUGCUGGAACGUCAGGUUUGGACCGGUCGGUGCUGGCGAGGCUUCACGCUGCUGCUGCUGCUGCAGGGUCUGAGCCGCUCCAAGGCCGCCGACCAACCCUCAAGCCGCUGUAGCGUCUCCGUCUCCAAGGUGGCGUCCAGCUGGGACGGGCUGCUGAUCACGCUCAGCACACCCGGACGCGGCUGCUCCUUCGCCGUGACCUCGCUGGACGGCCGCGACGAUGGCGCCGACUGCCGGAGCGACGGACAGGACAAAGCGGGAGGAGUCUUCACCUGCGGGUUGCAUCAUCUGGAACCAGGAAGUGCCUACCUGCUGCAGGUUAAGUCCGGCAGCGGCCAGGAGGCGGCCAACGUCAGCGCCCACACCACCCCCUCAGCGCCAGCGGGCCUGGGGGUGACCUCCAGGUCCUGUGACAGCCUGGGACUUUCCUGGCAGGCAGGCCCAGGCAGGACGCAGCGUUUCAGGCUGCUGUUGCGGGGACAUGCCGCCCACAUGCUGACGAACGAGACUUUGGAGAGCACGGCCACGCGGCACACACUUGUCGGGCUGACUCCCGGGAGGCGCUACAAUGUUACCGUGGCGACGGAGGCAGGAGGCCUGCAGAACAGCACGACCGUGGAGGCUCAGACUGUCCCGUCUGCCGUUGCCAACCUGACAGCUGCCAGCAACAGCACCGCUUUGUGGUUGUCAUGGGAACCGCCCGAGGGCGACCUGGACGCGCUGGUCGUCUCCCUGCGUUCCAACGGCACGAGCGCACGCGAGCUGAGUCUUCCCCCUGACGCCACGGGGAUCGGCGUGGGUCAGCUGACCCCUGGCUCGGCCCAUCGGGUGACGGUGACUUCUCUGAGCGGCCAGCUGUUCAACCAAUCAGAGAUCAGCACACGCACAGCCCCGGCGCCGGCUUCUCUCCUCGUCCUGGCCCCCUCCUCGCUCGGGGGUCUCCUGCUGUCAUGGACGCCCCCUGUUGGUGGGUGUGACGGCUACAGGCUGUUUCUCUACGACGGCGCCCGGGAAUUAGCCAGCACCGUCGUUCAGAAAGACGCCGUCAACUUCACCUUCCCCGGGACGGGGCUACUUCCCGGGGGAAGGUACAGAGCGACGCUGAGGGUGGAGAGCGGCGGCGUGGCGGCCGAGAGCAGCUGUGACGGCUGGACGGCUCCGGCGCCGGCGCUCCGCCUGCACAUCCGACACGCAGACGAAACCUCCCUCAGCGCCAUGUGGAGCCACGCCCCCUCUGGGUCACGGGACGGCUAUUUGCUGACUCUUCGCCACGGUGACGUCGCCAUGGAUACCAGGGAGGUGGAGCCCAACAUGAGGGAGUGCACAUUUAACGUCCUGACCCCUGGGAGGCGCUACACCAUCACCGUGACGACCAGGAGCGGCAUGGCCAGCACGUCCGUCUCUGUGGACGGACACACAGUUCCCGUGGCCCUGAGUGCCGUCACGCUACGCAGCGUCGGCGUGGACAGCCUGCAGGCGUCCUGGGAAAAACCGCGUGGAGAUGUGGACUCGUACAAAGUCGUGCUUCUCAAGGACGGAGUGGCCGUUCACAACCACAGUCUUCCAGUUGGCUCCGCCUCCUUGCUGAUGGCGGGCUUGGUGCCCGGCGCCCUCUACAGGCUGCAGGCCGUCACGGUCAGUGGGGGGGUGGAGUCCAAAGCCACCAGCCUGGAGGGAAGAACGGCCCCGGCGUCUGUCGCCGAGGUCACCGUGGUCAACGGCGGCAGGCCGGACACGCUGCACGCGUCUUGGCAUCCCGCGGCGGGCGUGGUGGACAGCUACCUGGUCCGCCUUCAGGACGGGAGUCUCAACGUCCACACGCUGGCCGUGUCGCGCUCCUCUCCGCCCGAGUGCUCCUUCAGCUCGCUGGUGCCCGGGCGCCUAUACACGGUCGUCGUGGUAACAAGGAGCGGCAGCCUGGAAAAUGCCACCCGAGUCCAAGCGCGCACACAACCCGCCGCCGUGCAGAAUCCCACCGCCGUGCACUCGGCGAGGGAGGACUUCCUCAAGGUGUACUGGCGGCAUGCGGCCGGAGACUUGGACUUCUACGUGGUUCUGAUCUCGUACAACCACAGCGUCCUGCAGAACCAGACUGUGGCGGCCCGACGCAGCGAGUGCGCCUUUUGGUCCCUCACGCCGGGGAGGCUCUACACCGUCACCGUGGAGACGUGGAGCGGGCGCCACGUCAGCAGCGUGUCGACAGACGGGCGCACGCUGCCGGCCGCCGUGGCCAACCUGUCGCUGGCCAACGUUGGAUCAUGUGACCUGACCGUCACCUGGAGCCCCGCCCCCGGAGACGUGGACCACUAUGAGGUCACAUUACUCUUCAACGACACGCGUGUUUUUCCUGCCGUCACGCUGGACAACCACGCUGGAGGUCACCGCCUGUCCUCUUUGACCCCGGGGCGGCUCUACAAGAUUGUGGUGUCGACGUUCAGCGGACCAAACCAGAGGGCCCAGUUCACGGAGGCUCGGACCGUUCCUGCCGCUGUGACAAACCUGAACCUGGCCCCACGCCGAGACCCCGUGGACCCCGGCGGGGGGCUAUUGGUCACGUGGACGCCGGCAGACGGAGACGUGGACGUGUACGUCGCCUCGCUGUCUGCUCCUGAUGGAUUUGUGAUGGAAACCCGACUCGUGCCCAAACACAUGGCCUCUUUGGACUUCCUGGAUCUGAUCCCAGGCCAGGCCUACAAUGUCACGGUCCAAUCAUGUAGCGGCAAGCUAACCAAUAACAACACGGCGUCCGGCCGCACAGCCCCGGCCCGAGUCAGCGCUCUGCAGGCCGACAACGAGCACACGGCCCACAGCCUCACCGUCACAUGGGAGGGGCCGGUGGGCGUGUACGACGGCUUCACGCUGCUGAUGAGCGACGCCGCCGGCGUCAUUCAGGCCAAUCGAACGCUCUCGCCUGAGAGCCGCGGCGAGCACCUGACGGGUCUGACGGCGGGCAAGUGGUACCGUGUGACACUGGUGACGCUGAGUGGCGGCGUGGAGUCGUCAGAGGUCACGGCGGAGGGUCAAACACGGCCCGCCGCCGUCACCAACCUGACGGCCGCCGCCAACACGUCUUCGCUGACCUUCUCCUGGCACGCCUCCGACGGCCAUGUGGACGUUUACGACCUGUCCCUCUUCGCCGUGGACGAGCAGGUAGCCGCAGGGGGCGGGAGGGAGCAUCAUCAGGUGGCGCUUACGCCGGUGGUGGCGGGCAAGGUCCACCCAGGCGUGGACGUCCACGUGUUCACGGGCCUGCGAGCAGGAGGACUUUAUCGCCUGCGGGUGAUCAGCUGGAGUCGGGACUUGAGCAGCGAGUCUUCCGUGCUCGCCAGGACGGAGCCGGCCCCCGUCCGGCGGCUGCAGCUGGAGAGUUCCGGCCAGACGGACAAGCUGACGGCCAGCUGGCAGCACGGGGAGGGGGGGCGGAGCAGCUACCAGGUGACCUUGUGUGACCUUUCCGGAGUCACCGUGGGGGCUCAGCUGCUGGGGGCGGAGCACAGGAGUCACACGUUCACAGGCCUGACCCCCGGGAGGCGGUACCGCGCCGAGGUUGUCACACGCAGCGGCGAGCUGAGCAACCGGGCGUCCACGUUGGGACGCACAACACCGCAACCACCGACUCACCUGUCCGUCAAGCGAGGCUCAGCCAAUGACACGCUGGAGCUGUCCUGGGCCGGCCCCGCCUCCGGGGACUAUGACGGCUUUGCCGUGGCGUGGACGCCACCCGACCGCCUGUCAAUCACCGGGACGCAGCUGACGAGCCGCCUGGUGGGCGGGACCUUUCCAGGCCGACGUUACAACUUCACGGUGGCAACGGUCAGCGGGGGCGGGGUGAUGGGUGGGCCCGGCGUCAGCAGCCAACCAAUCCAAAGAGGUGUCACUACAAGUCCGGCCCCCCUCAGGGCGGUCCACUGCGUCCCCGUGUCCUCCUCGUCUGUGUCGUGCUCCUGGUCUCCUCCUCUCUCCGACUGGGACUCCUACGAGGUGGAGUGUCAUCGCCAUGACGACGGGCACCCGAUGGCCAGGCUGCGGCUGGCGGGGGGCGUCACCACGGUGACGCUGGACCACUUGGACGCCUUCCGGAGGUACUCGGUGGCGGUCCGAGUGUCGUCCUUGGGGCAGACAAGUCCGCCGGCGACGCAGACGGUCGCCACCAUGAUCGCCCGUCCGCCGGCCCCGCCCCCCGGCCUGACCGUGAGCGAGAGGACGUCGAAGGUGACGGCGUCCUCCAUCUUGUUUCGCUUCAACUGCUCCUGGUUCAGCGACGUCAAUGGCGCCGUGCGAUAUUUUGCCAUCAUCGCCGCCGAGUCUGACGCUGGUGACGUCCUGCUGCCGGAGCAACGCCACCCUCUGCCUUCGUACCGCCACUACAUCCACAACGCCUCAGUCCGGGCCUACCAGACCGCCUACUUCCUCAACCGAUGCCCGCAGGACGCCGACGCCGCCCAGGUGGUGGAGGUCAACCUGGGGGCCGGAGGAGACCGUCUGGGAGGGGCCUGUGAACCUUACCAUGACGACGCCAUCUUGAGCCACGGACACGGACACUUCUGUGACGGGCCGCUCAAACCCGGGACUUCUUACAGGUUGAGCGUGCGGGCGUACACUCGACUGUUUGAUGAAAACAACAGAGAGUUUCCUCAGCCGCUCUUUAGCGACACCUACCUGUCCGCACCCCUCAGGACACUCACAGAGCCGCUAGGGGGCGUGGUGGAGGGCCUGAGCGCCACCGUGUUCCUCCUCGGCGUGGCGGUGGCGGCGGUGUCGCUGCUGCUGUACCGACACAGACUUCAUAAAGUGGCGGCGCAGGAGAGCCCGGUGAUGAGGAUGAGCAUGUGGAAGGAGGUGCCUCAUGCAGGGAUGUACGUCGCCGUGAGGAGCGUUCGUCGGGUCACCAGCCCCAUCAAGGCGUGCCACUUCGAGUCUCACGUGGGGAAACUCCGUGCCGACGCCGGCUUCCUGCUGUCUGAGGACUUUGAGGACCUGAAGGACGUGGGCCGGAACCAGACCAUGGACGUGUCGCGUCUGCCCGAGAACCGCGCAAAGAACCGCUACAACAACAUCCUGCCAUACGAUUCCACCCGCGUGAAGCUGUCGUGUCUGGAUGACGACCCGUGUUCGGACUACAUCAACGCCAGCUACGUUCCUGGUCACAGCUUCCGGCGCGAGUACAUCGCCACGCAGGGCCCGCUCCCCGGAACCAAGGACGACUUCUGGAGGAUGGUGUGGGAACAUGGCGUCCACGCCGUUGUCAUGGUGACGCAGUGCGUGGAAAAGGGGCGGGUCAAGUGUGAGCAGUACUGGCCCGCCCACAAGGAGGCGCUGUACUACGGGGAGCUGGUGGUCCAGAUGACGUCUGAGGCGGUUCUCCCCGAGUGGACCGUCCGCGAGUUCAGGAUCACGUCGGAGAGCGGCAGCGGUCACCCUCGGCUGCUGCGUCACUUCCACUUCACCGUGUGGCCCGACCACGGCGUGCCGGAGAGCACGCACUCGCUGGUCCAGUUCGUCAGGACCGUCCGAGACUUCGUGGACCGCUCGGCCGGCGCAGGGCCCAGCGUCGUGCACUGCAGCGCCGGCGUGGGGCGCACCGGGACCUUCAUCGCCUUGGAUCGGGUCCUGCAGCAGCUGGACGCCAAAGGAAGCGUGGACCUGUACGGCUGCGUGUUCGAACUGCGCCUGCACCGCCAGCACAUGGUCCAGACCGAGAACCAGUACGCCUUCCUGCACCAGUGCGUCCGCGACGUCCUCCGAGCCCGCAAGCAUCGCAGCCAGCAGGAGAGCCCGCUCUACGAGAACUUCGACCCGGACUUGUGUCGCGAGCUGGUCCGCACGGGGGCGCUGGGCGUGCGCGAGCUGGCGGGAUGAAGACGCCGCCUCUAGCUAGCAAGGAAAGAGCCAUUUAUUUUUCUAUUUUAUCAACGGAUAUUUCACUCCUAUUUAAAAUGUCACCUGAUGUAAAUAUACUCCCACCUCCAUGCAAAUGUACACCGUGUACCACCUGACUAAAGUACUUCACAAGUAUCCCCCAAUGCCUGCAAGGCUUUUAUUCAAAGGCGAGGCACUGCAGGCUAGCUGGUCACAUGGUGCAGAAAGAGGGCGGAGCCAAGGACAGACAAACAGGAAGUGGCCUGAGUUAAAAGUGCUGAAGAGCAGGUGUCGACAGGGUCAUGUGACGCUACAUCUCAGAACGCUACUCCAGGAAGCCGCCGUCAGCGCUCUCGCCGCCGCACCGAGAACAGCGGCCUGGACGGCGACGGCAGCACCGGGUCAGAGUUGGGGUCCGAGGGUUUGCCCAGGCAGCGGGUCGUCGCCUCCCGCCACGGAUGGUAGGCGCACUUCCUGUUCUGGAGCGCCUCGGCGCGUGCGGCGAGGGAGCGUGCGCACACGGUCAGCAGCACGAUGAGCGCGCCCAGCAGCAGCGCCGCCACGGGCCACAGGACGCAGUGCAGCAGCACGCUGGCGUCGUGCGAGCGCCGCCACAGCACGUCGUCGGGCCUGCAACGACAGCGAGAAGAGCUUCCUGUGGCCGUGCGCGGCGGCCGAACGUGUGCACCCACCUCCUGUGCUGGUUGAAGAAGCACGUGAAGCUCUGGCCCGACACCUGCCGCCCGAAGUACUCCUCCCACCGCAGCACGCUCUCGCGGUUCUUCUGGUUGUCACGCUCGCACGGCGGCACGUACGAGCACUGCGGACCAAUCACAGGACACGCUCAGCAUUACUAACCUCUCCUUUGGUUCUCAGGAGGCCUGGAGGCGGGGUUACUCAUUUUCUAUUUUUAACUUCACAACGUGUACAAAACAAAUGUAGUCAUUAAGAAGGAAAUGACUUCAGUAAUGAGGAACAAUUACUCAGAGGCCCCGCCCACCUGCAGACGAGUGUGUGUGUGUGUGUACACGAUGGCGUCAGAGUGGGCGUAGCUCGGUCAUUGCAGGAUGCUUCACAGGACAUCCCCUCAUCGCCGUGGCGACCGAGCAGCACGGAUGACGCAGCGUCUCUAUAUUUACUCUUGUUGCCGUAGCGACACAGCCUCGUCAGGCCGCUGGCAUCUUGGACCUCUGUGACCUUGAGUGUCGGACUGGUGGCGUGCAACGAAAAGUGGGCGGUACCUUGGGGUUCAGAAGCAGCUGCUGCUCGUCAAAGUGCAGCAGCGAUAAGGACGACGACUCCGAGUUGUUGACAAAGACCUGCAGGCACGGAUACAGCGACGUCCCCUUGCAGGCCGCCCCGCACGUGAACACGCACUCGAACGUUUCCUCCGCACGCAGCACCGACACCACCUACAGGAGGGAGCAGGUAGUGCACAUGAUGGAGGAAAUGCCUGCUGGGGGUGGCAAACAGUCAACAACACUGAGGAAAGAUGUUGCAUGAAGGUACAGAAGAUCAUGCUGCAUGAAGGCAUAGAAGAUCAUGCUGCAUGAAGGCAAAGAAGAUGUUGCAUGAAGGUACAGAAGAUCAUGUUGCAUGAAGGUAAAGUAGGAGAGGAAUAGGUAAGAGUAGGUAGAAUGAUGGUGAAGAGUGUGUCGAGCGAAGAUCAUAUUGCAUGAAUGUAAAGAAGAUGUUGCAUGAAGGUAAAGUAGGAGAGGAAUAGGUAAGAGUAGGUAGAAUGAUGGUGAAGAGUGUGUCGAGCGAAGAUCAUAUUGCAUGAAUGUAAAGAAGAUGUUGCAUGAAGGUAAAGUAGGAGAGGAAUAGGUAAGAGUAGGUAGAAUGAUGGUGAAGAGCGUGUCGAGCGAAGAUCAUAUUGCAUGAAUGUAAAGAAGAUGUUGCAUGAAAGUCAUGGAAAACGUUGCAUGAAGGUAAAGGGAGAGGAUAAUGCAUGAAGAACAUCAUGUGGGGUGAAAGAAGAAGAUCUCACGGUGCAGUUGGCGCUCGUGCUGUGCAGGCUGUGCAGAACGGGGCUGAGCCAACAGAAUCCCAGGAUGAAGAGACUCAGCACCCCGCACGCCAUCAGGAACAAUCCCAGCCGGAUGCUGCGAUCCUCCGCCUCCGAGUACUCCAACGAAACACGCGUCUUCGCCAUGGCCUCCACACGCACUCCUCUGUCUGCAUGGAGAGGAGGAGGAGGAGGAGGAGGAAGAGGAGCGCCAAGUGCUCUGAGUCCUGUUGCCCCCCCCCCCCCACACCCCCCCCCUUCCCCAGCCAGCCUCUCUCACCUACACACACACACAGGAAGUUGUUGUUACAUAUCAGAGCUUUCAUUUGACGGCCCUUGUCCAUGUUCCACUGGAGAUAAUCCUCUCAGUGCGCGGGGCCAGUAUUGAUUGCUGGAGCUGUCACAUGACUGUCAUGUGACAGCUGAGACGGUGAAUGAUGUGCCGACGACAGAUGGCGUCCUCCAUCCUCGGCAAAUCAAAUCACGUGACAUCAAUCAACACUGAGCGCGUGUAGCAAAGCAGCGACGUGACACGUGGCGCCACCGUGUGGACAAAGCGGCGACCGUGGUGAUGAUGAUGAUGAUGCUGAUGAUGAUGAAGCAGGCGAGGCAGGACUCCCGGCUUUCAUUAACAGAAUAUUUAUUUGUUGCUAUGAAAACACUAGCUGCCAUAUUGAGUCCAGGUCACAUGGCUCUGUGGGCGUGUCCCAGGCGUGGCUGCCGCCAGCUGUCGCCACGGUAACCAAGGUGGCUGCCUGGCAACCGGCUCUGUGGCGGUUUCCGUGGAAACCUGCUGAGCGUCAGAAUCCCUGUGGUGCCGGCGAAAGGAAUGUCGGGACGUUUGGGAAGAACCUUGAGCGCCUGUCCGUUGUUGCCGGGUAGACGUAAACACGACAGAGUGAGGCUUCCUGUCGGCUGACAACAUCCUUCGUCCUCCUCCAUGAGCAGUGACCUGACCGUCGGAACAGGAAAUGGAAGUUGACAAGGAGGAGGGGUCGGUCCCAUAGACCAAUGGCGGGCAGGCGGGCAGGCUGGCAGGCAGCUGGGCCACAGCCAAUCAGAAGGCCUGCUGGGCGGGGUUGUAGUUGAAAGUGGAGGGAACGUGAGGUCGCUCUUCGAGUUUGUCGUACUCCAGGUGGAACUCCUGAGAGGCGGAAGGAACGUUAGCAUUCCGUGCCCGUGCGCAUGCGUGCGUGCGUGCACGUGGUCACCUUGGCGACCUUCCUCCAGUUGAGGCAGUCGAAGAAGUAGUAGGUCCCCCUCUCGUAGGCGUUGGUCUUCAGCGUGGGCUCCAUCCCGGGCGCCCUGGUGAUCCACAAGCGCUCCUCCUUGUGGUAGCGCCAGUCCCGGUUGAAGCUGCGGACAAAGACAGGAAGUCAGCACGCCGCCCGGUGGCGCCGGGCCGGGAGUGGGCGGGGCUCUCACAGCUCAACGGCCGCCAGCAGCUGCAGGAGGUCGCCGCCGUUCAUGUAGUAGAGGUAAAAGAGAAGGUCCUCGCCGUAUCGGGACAGCUUGAUGGCGGCCAGCUGCGGAGCACACACACUCGUGGAACACUCGUGGACGCGGACGCGCACGCCAGGGCCUACCUUGUCCCGGAUGUGGAUGUUGGUCAAAUACUCUGACGGCACGUGGAAGUCUGUGAGGGGGCGGAGACAGAAGGACAAGUCAGAGGCGAGCGCGGUUCCGUGCGAUUACUCAACUCACCGAUGUCCUGUGGCCGACACGGCGCCGACGCCCACGGAGACGCGAACUUGGGGUAAAGAUUCCUGAUGGGAGAGGAGAACAGCGAGCGUGAGCGACCUUUGCCCUGCGGGGGUUGCUGCGGAGACUCGAGCUCGUACUCGGGGGAGUUGAGGUUGAGGCCCAGCGUGGUGAGGUCGGAGCCCAGCGCCAGGUGCACCAUUCCCGGGUCCGUCUCCGCCGCCCGGAUGAACGUCAGCAGGCCAAUCAUUCCAAACUGGUCCGUUACCAUGCCGACCGGGAUGUUGGUCACGCGCCCUGCACACGCACACAAUGAGGGGGCGGACGCGGCGCGGCUUGCAUGCACGUGUGCGCGCCUCACCGUCAGGAAGCACCUGGAUUCCUUUCUUCUGCUGGUUGUUGUUGCUCGGCACCGCCGAACCUUUAUCCCCCGGGAACUUGGGACCAUCUGAGUUGGAGGCGGGCUUCCCCGAUGAGCUGAGACUCUGAUUGGCAGCAGAAAAAACAGUCAAGUGACAGGAAGCGACAGGAAGCGACAUGACGACGGCGGGCGCGCCACACACCGCUUUCCCAUCCUCGCCGGCGCCGCUCGGGUCCUUCGUUUGGUAGUUGGGCCCGGGGAGCGCUGGGAAGUCUUCGUUGUGGAUGGAGAAGUCCUGCGACUGCUCGUUGGACGGCUUCGUUACCAUGCCGACUGCAGGGGGCAGAGCACACAGUCACGAGGGGGCUCGCGCCGCUGGCACGCGGCUGGCGGAGCUCUCUCACCGUACGGCGCCCGCCCGGCCAGCGGGUUGAGCAGCGGCAUGGGAUUGGAUCCCCCGUCCCGCCGACUGCGGUCUGCGAGGGCCGGGAAGUCGGACAGGUCCAGCCCGGUGACGUUUUCGCUGCCGUCUGCACACACGGGCAUGUCAGGGGGCGGGUCUGGGGGCGUGUCUGGGGAGGCGAGGCGAGGCGGGGCGAGGCGGGCUUACCUGUGCCGUUGAAGAUGUUGCUGGCAAGAGAGUUGUUCAUGUUGAAGCCAGGAUUCCUGCUCACGCCGAAACCUGACAUGCUAACACACACGCUCUUCUUGGGCCGGUCCAGGUCAAGGUGAAAGGUCAAAGGUGAAAGGUUAGAGGUUCUACCUGUUGAUGGUGAAGGCUUGUCGCGACUGCUGCUGCUUGGGCAUCCCGAUGAUGCUGGGCGACGACCUGCUGGGACUCCCCAUGCUUCCGCUCCUUCCCCCGGCCCCGCCUCCUCGCUCUCCUCCCAUCCCGAUUGGCUGACCCGCGGGCCCGCCCACCUGCUGGUUGUGGUUGAGGACGCUGCGGCUGCUCAUGGGCAGAAUCCCCCUGCGGCCGGCGACACGGGGAUGAGCGGGCUAAGCGCGGGCGGCUAAGGGGCGCGGGCGGGCGUACCUGCUCGGCGAGGGGGGCGUGUGCAUGCUGCCGCUGUUGGUGGUGCCGGCGUGACCCGACAGCUGGCCGGCCGACUGAUUGAGGCCGCUUCGACUCAACGGCGGCGCCGCGCUGCUGUUGAUGCUGCGCAUGGGGAAGCCCAACGCACCUGGAGAGACGGACAGGAAGUGAGGCGAAAGCGGGGGCCUGUUGCGGCCCACGCACACCGCCGCGACUUACUCUGAGGACCGUACAAACUCGCCCCCAGCUGAGACAGCUGACCCGGCGACGACGCAGAGGAAGACGCCAACAUCUGAAAAGGAAAGAGGUCGUCAAAGCGGCGGUCCCACAACCAAUCAGGCUCCUCCAAACAAACGUCUUACGUCUUUGUCGGUGCGGUGGGGGACGAACAUAGACUGCUGGCUGUAGUAGAGGCUGGACUCGUCAGAGUAGUCGCCCUCUACCCCCCCCUCCAUGAACUUCUUCCGGUUAGCACCAAACAUGCCCGUGUGUCACCUGUCACAAACCAAUGACGUCACAGUGCUGGCCCGAGCGCUCACCUGACGCAAGGAGGUGGGCGUGGCCAAGCUAAUAUGUCUGCCCGACACCAGAAAGAUGUUUCAGCGGGAGCACGGCUGGCAGGUGUCAACAUGUCCGCGCUAGCAUGCUAGCGUGCUAGCCGAGCCGCUACCGCGCUUUCAGGUGAGCAAACUUCACGUCUGAUCACGAAUGCUCGUUUCUGUCAUACACGUCUGUUGGUGUUUCCGGUGUUUGACUUGACUUUCACAAAGACAUGCUGCUUUUGGAUGGAUGUGCGAUACCGUCACCGCAAGUGUUAGCCAGGGAAGCUAGCGCUAGCAUUGAUGCUAGUCCAGGCUUGCUACGGUGCUUGGUGGCGUGUUGGUGAUGUUCGAGGGGUAGUUCGGUGUCCGAUGCAGAGAUGGUGAGUGAAGUGACUUUAGGAAGCAGCCUUUUCCCAAAAGAGCACACAAGAGAGCUAGUUAGCUUGGUGGCUAAUGCAGCUAACACGACCGGCUUUGCUAACCAUCCGCCGAAGCUAGCAAAGACUACUGUCAAAUGGACUGAUCGGGACUAAACAGGUUCCCGGUUCAGCACCAAGGACUGCUGUGUUUUAUUUCCGCCGUGGGCCCAUUGUGUCUGCUAGCUGCUCGAACAACAACAACAACAAAAAGCAACGUCGGCUACUGGCGGGAGAAACGUCCUCGUUAUGCCCGCUUUCGGUCACAGUUCGCCCGCCUAGACGCCGACGAACUGCCGGUGAUGUAGUCACUAACACGCGCAGCUGGCACAGAUAAACACGCACGUUUAAAAAGAAAUGUUUAAAAGAAACACCUUACCGCAUCAAUCUUUCUGCACCGCUACAAACCAAGAUGGCCGACAUGUCUUUCCACACAGAGAGCAUCAUGGGAAGUCUUUCCAGCGCCUCCAUUCUGUUCUAUUGUACUGUGUGCUGUAGGUACUUUAGUAUAUUCCACUCUAGUCCGUGCUGUUCUGUUAAUGAUAAUAUUAAUAAUAAUAUUCGAUGUAGAAUUAUAAAGAAUUUACGUACGACAGGAUACAGAAAUAGUCCGACCAGAAUAUGAGCGUGCAAUAGAAUAAUGCAGGAAAAGCGUGUAAUGUCUCCAUCUAGUGGCCGAAAGCGGCACAUACAAAUGUCUCCAUCAAGCGGCCGUGAGAGGAAUGAGGGCAGACGGGAAUUGCAUGAAGUUUAUUCCAUCUUUUUCUGCAUAAAUAACAUUUGAAAGAACAAACACGAGACAAACUUUUGGCUUUUGCAGACGUUUGGCAGUGUUUAAGUGUUUAGUGGGGGGUGGGGGUCGGGGGGUUCUUAAAGGGACAGGCGGUCCAAACAUGCAUGAAGAACAUGCACACGAGUCCCGGUCGGCGUGGCGCUAAAGGCCAGCGAGCACGAGGACACGGGAGAUUGCUAUGGCUUAAGGGGGCGGGGCCUCCCCAGGUAGAAAAAUAGAAGUGAGGAAGAUGAUUCUUUGUCAUGUGGUCUUUCUUCACAGCGACCCCUCCCCCACCUAGAAGGAACCGCUGCUUUGCUGCAAGGCACACAGGUCCGAGGGGGGAGGGGGAGGGGGUAGGUGGGACGUGCAGCAGGUGAAGGGUCAGAGGUCAGCCACUCUGCGGGGAAACAGACACAUGUAAGUCACAUGACACGUAAAAAGCAUCUUGUUUUGACUGCAGAUGUGCAUGCGGCGUGCGUGCCUCCCCCUCCCCCCUCCAUCUUCCUCGAAGUUAAUCCCGCGUGUUGCGGCAGAUGGCGCGGCCGCAUGCGCCUGCCGCCGCCCGUCUGGUUAUGAAUGAUUGCACGCUGUCAGGCAUUAAGUUGGACCAUAAUCCAGCAGCAUAUGUGGCUUCCCUCCUUCGCACCUGACAUGCCGCCCACGCCGCUUCCUCGCCAGCGGGUGGCGCUGCGGCUCCUGUCGGGGGGGUCGUGCACUCUGACCCCUGCGUCGAGAAGCCGCCGCCGCCGCUGCUGUGGUAGUGGCACGUUUGCCUGGAAGAUGGCGGCCUUGGCACGUGCUAGCCAUGCCGCCCGCCGGAACCCGCAUCUUUCCCGAAGUCGUCCACGAGGGUCGGCCCGUGACCUUUCACGUGAAUGUCGGCGUGCACGUGUGCCCGUGGCUCGUGCACGCUCCAAGGAGGCCAAGAAAGGAAGCAUAGGAGCAGAAAAGGAGCGGACAAAGGGGCGUGCACGUUUCCACAUGAGCGCACGCCGCCAUCAUUUACGCAUCGGCGGCGUCACCGUGUGUCACACGGCGCUGCCGCGUGCGUGCGUGCGUGCAUGCGUGCGUGCGUGCGGCUUGAAGGAGCAUCAUGCCAACAAUUCAAAGCUUCACCAAGCUAGCUGCCAGCUAAACAAUUAGCUUACAUAAGCGCUGGCGUCGCCGUGACCCCAGCUAACAUGACUGCUAAUCACGCUAACGACACGCCGUGCACGAGGCCCGUUGUCCACCUUGACCAACAGAUAACCUUUGACCUGCCCGGUUCAGUCUUUUGUGUGCGUGGAGGACCGCCCGUGCGCGUGCACGUGCACGUGCGUUGUGUUACGUAACUUCCUCCUCGCGCCGUUUCUCCCGCCUCCAGCGCUGGCCGGCCUGUGGACUUGCAGGAAGUAACUGGCGCUAAUCUCUGGCUUUGAGGUUCUGCUGCUCGACACUUUAAGAACACGCGUGUGCGCGUGACGAGCGCUCAUGCACUUACGAAGCGGUGCGGCGUGUGUGUGCGUGUUUCUAUGAAUGGCGUGCACGGCGUGAGAUUAUGGAAGUAAAGUGAGGAUUAAAGCGUUGGCAGUUUUAGUGUGAGCAUCCAAAGGAGACGUCCAUCACGGGCUCGGCUUUCACCGCAUCCUUCCCCUCUUUUAAUCUGCACACAUGACCCGUGACCCGUGACACCGCCCUUCAAGGACACGCUGGCACGCCACGCCAACGCGGGCCUUCCCCCCCGUACCUUAGCGUGUGCUUAACGCGGAGCUGUCUUGUUGUGGACGUUGGCGUGUUGCACUUCAUGCCUGCAAGCCAACAUGUCUGAACGUGUUCCAGGAGUUGGCGUGUGCUGUACGUGCAGGUCAGCGUGAGAGUCGGCGUGUUGUACGACAUACGUGUGAGCGAGGACGCUUCUUGGCGUGUUGUUUUGGUUAGCACGCGGUAGCUGUGUUCUUUUGGUUAGCAUGCGGGGUUGGCACGUCGCGGAGGUCAGUGAGCGGUGUGGGUUCAGGCGAACACGUGACAUGGUGAACGCGUGUGCGGCUGCACGUAUGUUCUAUACGUUGGCGUACACGUGUAGGUGAUUAGCAUCCAUCUGUGGUGCGUUGAGGGGUAAAAAAAAAAAAAACUGUCAUCAUCUGUCUCCUGUGGGUUGCCAUGGAAACGAGCAAUUAUGGCGUGAGAUGACAUGAAAGUAAUGAAAGAGGCGGGCCGAGGUGCGCAUCCCGUUCUGGUCCACUGGGUCCAGAUGUACGUGAAUGUACGCUUUUCGUUGCGCUUACGCAACGGGCCUGCAGGACUCGGCCCAGUUAGGAAGUGGACCGGAAGUGGACCCACAACCCCCCCACCCCCCCGCUCCACCCCAGAAGGAAAGUCGCCCGUGACGUCAUCACGCGUGCCACUGACCUGCUCGCAGUCAUGUGUCCGUGCGGCGGUCCUCGGAGGGAAAGAGAGGUUUUGGGACGGAACCUGAGAGGAGAGACGCGCCGGGCCGGCCCCGGCGGCGAUAUGUACAGGUGGCGGGCGCCCCGACCCUACAGGUCCGUUUCCCGC